CUGUACAAUAUACUAUACUCAUCAUCUCCCUGUCUGUCUGUAACGUGUUUCUUUCCUCCCUUUUGACAUUGAUUUCUCUCUUAUAUAUAUAUAUAUCCUUUCAAGAUUGUACUUACCUUCUCUUUUUUCAAAAGAGAAUUGAAGAAAUAUAUAACACAUCUCGGAUCCACCUUUAAUUUAUUGGAAAGUUGAAGAUGAAGUUACUGGCCGGAUGGAUGCACCGCAAGCAAAAGCAUAACACCACAGACCCAAUCAAGAAUUCCACACUAGGAAAACUUUCCGCUUGUGUAUCAGUGCAGACACUGUCUGAUGAACAAAAUUACUACGUGGAGCCUACUGAGGCAUUCUCACACCCACACAUCAAACGUAAAAGAUGUUCAAACAUAUUUGAGGGCAGCAAGGUUGAAGGGCUCUGCCAGGAAGAGUCAUUUGAGCCUUUUGAGUUUCUCUCAAUCGGCACUUUUGGUAUGGAACUACUCAACACAGACCCCCCAACGCCGACACUUCCCAUGCCGAUUGAGAAAUUGAGUGAUGGACAGAUAGAGAUAACCGAAAAUGAUCUCAAUCUAAUAAAUUAUGAGUUAGAAAAGUUUCUUGAAGCUGAAGAGACAGAGGUUGAGUAUGACACAUCCGGGAGGAGUAGUCAAGCAAGCAUAAUAACCCUUAGUUAUAGUAAGCCUAUUGAAGGAGCUGCAGGUUCGGAAGGCCAAGUGCACAUGGUGGCUUGCCCUCUCCAAAGCUAUCUGUUUGCAGCUUCAGUUGAAGUAGCUAAUUACACGGAUAAAAAGGUAACUUAUAAGAAAGAGAGGACAUCCCUUGAAGAGCUCUUUAAGAGAAACAACAUAGUUCAUGAUGAUCCUCCUAUGAAGAAAUCAUGUGAAGGGCCAGAACACAAAGCUAGGACAAGAAAUCAUGUGGCUCAUUUAAUGAAGAAGGUGGUGAAGAAGUUCCGUUCCUCAUCAACCAACGACACUAGUGCUGCUUCUGGAACCAAGGCUAUUAAGGAAAAUCUCUCUAAGACCCUUGUCAAAAUGUUUCACAAGAAGGUCUACCCUGAGGAGAUGAGCGAGAAACAGUAUGUUAAGCUGGCAAAGGCUAAGAAGAAAAACAGUGGAAGUAACAAGUCUGGCGAUGAAUCAGGCAGCAAAAAGAGUAAAAAGAAAAGCACGACGCUGCUGUGUUGGAACGGAAUCUGCAGAGGUGCUUCACCAGAAAAUGGAGGGCAUUGGAUUAAAACAGAUUCUGAUUACUUAGUGUUGGAGCUGUAGGAGCAGAAAUAUAUGGUGGAUGGAAGCAAAGGCAAGUAUGUACGUACAUAGGCCUCAUCAUCCUCUUCAAGUCUGGAGCUGGAGUUUGCUCAAGUAUUGCAUGACGUUGGGUGUGAUAAGUUUACUAAUCAAGAACAAGAUAUAAAUUAUAAAUAUAUAUAUGUUUAGGGGAGUCUCCCUCCUGGCAGACAAUGUAAUGGUGUAUCAGAUGGUAUUGUUGUAAUAUUUGGUUACUCGUUUUUCUGUGCAAGAAUUUAAUGUAGCGAUUCCUGUUGAAUGUAAUAAGUGUGUUUGGGUAACAUUGGAAAUUAUUGUGAAUUAUAUCUU